AUGAUUGUUCUGGCAACAAAUGAUGUUAGGAAAAUGGCAAAACCAAUAAAUGGCUGCAAAGUAGCUGACUUGGAUGCUGGAGGGCUGAGAACGGGAGGAGAGUCGAGCCCAAAACCUGAGGCAGGGUUCGUUGAUGAGUUCAUAACUGAUGGUGUAGUGCUGCAGAAAUCAGAGUUCCCCGGUGAUGUUGUUGCUGGAUUUGCAGAUGAAGUUGCUGGUGCUGGCACAGAUGGAGUGCCUGAUGAAGAUGCUGAUGAUGGAUAA